AUGGCGUCUUUCGAAGACAUUCUUCUUGUCACCAAAAACCCAGCCGAUCCAAGGGGCUAUGCUGUUCUUCCAGAAGAAUUUGAAGAACCCCUGGACGCAAAUCAAGUCGAUGCCAUACUACUGUACCAACUCGUGGAGAAUCCCAACUUGCCAUUACAACCCUUCGUAUACUUGAAAGACUGCUUCCAAAAAGUACAACAGCAAAAGCGUCUUCUCAAGAAAAGUCAGCAAGAUAUCGAAGCGCUGCAGGAGAUUGAUCGUUUAGUUGUUGGGUAUGGCCUCAUAUUGUUCCAAGUUGAGGAGUUCUCUCAUGGCGAUGGCAACUUUCUCACGUACAUGAAAGGGAUCGUGGCUCGGGUGGAUGAUUACACAGACUUCCUCACGCAACUGAUCAACAGAGCAACGCAAGAAGACACCUUGAUGGAAUUUAUUGAAAACUUUUUUGUUACUCUGAAGAAGUACAUUGAUUCUCUUGGACUGUUCAACCUGAACGACUCUCUGAACUUUUCUUCGGUCUUGACUCUUUUUGAGCUCUUUGUGUCUUUCAAGCCCGUCGCUGCAUCCUUUACCAAAAUAAGUGGUUUCUUUGCCGCUUACAACGCCAAGCCCAAUGACUUUGAAAAGGUAACACUCUUAGGACCUAUUCUCACUCUGUCGCCAUUGAACGCUAGCGUUGCUUUACAAAACUAUGGUGAUAACUUAGAACGCAGCCAGCAGCAGACCAACAUGAUUCAUGAGUCGCUCCAAACCCAACAUAAGAUGGUUCUUGAUAGGCUCUUCUAUAUCGUGGAUAAAAUUAUUCGUGGCUCAGUUGAAUCACGUACAGACGUGCUCACAUAUUUUGCUCAGAUUAUAAACAAGAACCAUUUGCGGAGAGGUGACCACGCUCAGCUUAACAAACUUGCUUCAAAUGCUUUCGUUUCGAAUAUAGCUCUACUGUUGGUACGAUUCUCGCAACCUUUUCUGGACGUCUCCUACAGGAAAAUCGAUAAGAUUGACGUUAACUAUUUCAACAACUUGAAUCUUUUCCUUGACCUAUCCAGCGAGACUCGCAUGAACUCAGAUUUCAAAGAAGCAGACGAGUUUUAUGAUAAGAACAAGAAAAGCGAAGAUAACAAACCUAACUUUAUCUCUGACUGUUUCUUCCUGACGCUUGCUUACUUGCAUUACGGAAUCGGGGGCACUUUACUCUACGAUGAGAAAGUGUCACCACAAAUCAAGCGGAUGAGAGAAGAAGUUGAAAGAAUUACUCGCGCUACACAGUCAGGAGACAUGUUUGCAAGGUUUGCCUCAAUGCAAUUACCUGCUCUCGAAAAGAACCUUCAAACCAUGCAAUCUAUUCAGCAAACACUGCAGGGGUUUUUCUCGCACAAAUCUCUUCAACUCGAGGUGUUCGAAUUUAUAAGCGGUGCAUGCACUUUCUUGGUGAGAGUCAUUGAUCCAAAUCACCAAUACCCGCAUAAGCAGAUAAAGCUACCUCUCAUUCCAGACCAAGUUGGAGUUGAAAACGUUGAUAAUGCCGACUAUCUUAGAGAGCAUGCUCCAGUUCCUUUCAAGUACUACCCAGAGUUUGUCAUUGAGGGCAUAAUCAAUUAUGCUCAAUAUAUUUCCAAGUACUCCUUGAAUCCAAUGUUUGGAAAUCCUCGGCUACACUCCUUCGUUGAGAUGGCUACAGUCAUACUGCGCUGCCCAGAGUUGGUCUCUAACCCUCAUUUGAAAGGCAAACUCGUGCAAGUACUGAGCAUUGGGGCCAUGCCUAUUCGCGAUAACACUCCCGGAUUUAUGAUGGGAAUUUUCGAGAACAACGAGCUUGUGCGCGAAAAUCUAUUGUACGCCUUGCUUGACUUCUACGUGAUAGUAGAGAAAACAGGGUCCUCAUCACAGUUUUAUGAUAAGUUCAACAGCCGCUACAGCAUAUCAAUUAUUUUGGAAGAAAUUUACCAGUUCUCAGAAUACCGCAGGCAGAUCAUCUGGCAGUCGCAAAGUAACGCAGAUUUCUUCGUGAGAUUUGUUGCACGAAUGCUCAAUGACUUGACAUUUUUGCUUGACGAAGGCUUGAGUAGCCUUGCAGAGGUUCAUAACAUUCAACGGGAGCUUGAAAACCGAGUGCGAGGAUCCGCGCCUACGCGUGAGGAAAAUGAUCAAGAACUGCAAUCAAAGCUUGCGUCUGCAGAGAGACAGGCGAAAUCUUCUUGCGGGUUAGCAGAAAAGUCCAUUACUUUGUUCAAUAUCUUCUCCAAGGAUAUUCCUAGCGCGUUCUGUACUCCAGAAAUCGUGGACAGGUUAGCAGGGAUGCUUGAUUACAACUUGGCUUCUUUGGUGGGCCCAAAAUGCCGAGAGCUCAAAGUGAAAAACCCCAAGAAAUAUUCUUUUGACGCGAAGUCUUUGUUGAGGUCUCUUUGUACCGUCUACACCAAUCUUGCAGAUCAACCCGAAUUUAUUUCAGCGGUUGCUAAAGAUGGUCGGUCAUUUAACAAGGAGCUAUUCGAUCGGUCAGUGCAUAUUCUAGGGAACAAAACUGGACUAGUCAACGAUGAGUUUUGUGUCAAGCUGCUACAGUUCGCAAGGGACGCGCAGGACCAGAAGGUGGCUGAAGAAGAGGCCGACCUUGAGAUGGGCGAGGCUCCCGAUGAGUUCUUGGAUCCACUGAUGUUUACGCUCAUGAAAGACCCAGUGAUUUUGCCCGCCUCGAGAGUCACGAUUGACCGAAGCACGAUUAAAGCGCACCUGCUGAGCGAUUCUACAGAUCCUUUCAACAGAAUGCCUCUCAAGCUGGAAGAUGUUAUUCCUAACGAAGAGCUUAAGCACAGGAUCGAGAUGUUCAGAAGGAACAAGCGCGAGUAA